CCUUGGCUGUUGGGUUUUGUUUUAAAAGUCGCUUGGUUGCUCGCUUCUCGCACGCGCGCUUCUGUUCGGUUGAAGAACUAUUUUCGUCUUGUGGUGCUGUGGAGAGUCGUGGCCUGAUUAAAGUACCUCUUACUGCAUCUGCCUUUUCCCUUCUCGAGAAGGAUUCUCUCAGACCUGGAGUGGGACAAUUGUGUCUCUUUUUAUUCUUAUUCAACAUGACAUCGACUAUACCCCCUUCGUCCUCAAAAACCACGGCAGCUCUCACAACAGUCUUCACGCCACCACUCUCUUGCCUCCAAAGAACCUACACCCUUUCAGGCAAGACUGGCUCUUUCACGGAUCUCACAGAUAAAGGCAGCGAUGGCUCUACUCUCACUAUCCAUCGCGGCUACAGCACAGAAUGUUUCCCACCAGAGGCGACAUUAUCAGAUGGCUGGGUCCAGUUCUCUCCAGGAAUUUGUCCUUCGGCGUACAGUAUAGCGUCCAUGUGGUCGGACGGGAUUGGUUUUACCGAGACUUUCGCGACAUGUUGUCCGUGGUAUAUGCAUGCUUCCACGGCAUAUUACGAUUGUGGUUCUUAUCCGGAGUCUACGAGGGUUGUUUUGAGUGGAGUUGGAGCUGAUGGCUCGAGUGUGACGACCACGGCGGGUUAUGCUUUCGACACGCCCAUUUUUAUUGCAUGGCAGAGUUCGGAUUUGAGUCGGUUGGAGCGACACCCGACUGAGACUGGGAGCUGGAAUAUCGCGACUGAUAUCCAGGCGCCGAUGAUGACGAGUGGGAAUGGGAGUGUUAUUCCUUCAUCGACGUUGCAGCCUGUGGCUGCGGAGGAGAAAAGCAGUGGUAUGUCGGCUGGAGCGAAAGCUGGAGUCGGCGUUGGUGUUUCCUUAGGUGUGCUGUUGGUCAUUGCCAUCGUAGGCUUUGCACUGUGGAGACGAAGACGUGCAAAGAAGAGCCAACUAGGUACGCACGGAGAUCCGCAGGAGCACACCGAGAUGUCCGCGGGAGGGAGAGAAGUGUUUCACCAGAUUGACAGUACGGGCGAGAUCUACGAGACGAGUGCCGAGGAGAAGAAACCCAAGGUGUGGGCCGAAGUCGAAGGCGACACGAGGAAGGUCUCCGAACUGGAUGCUCAGGCCGGACUGCACAGUCAUGACCGCAUGCCAGGCGGUCACACGGCGGAGUUGGAAGGCGAUGGCCCGAUGCAGAGAAGGUACUGAUUCACAUGGACUACCUCAUACCACGAUCCUCCUUGACGCUCCAGCUAUAAUGACCAAGAUCUUCUGGAGACCAUGACCGUUUCUCAAGUCGGUGCCAGGUCGAUGCCUUGCCGGCUCUGGGCACCCCAACGAACACCGCUGGGGUGUUGGUACCCAUCCUCCACUCUUUAAAUGGCAUCUACGAACGCGGCCACAGUAGCAGAACAGUCGGGCAUUGGAACACGUUCUCGCGAGAAAGAGAAAUGAAAGACUCGUCCACCUCGAGAUCACUAGCACCCUAAUGUCUCCACCUCGAGGCCCAAGUGAAGCACCGGCAGAAUAGCGGGGAUUUUGCGAGUUACUCUCUGCUCCAUAUCAUGCCUUGGAACUUCGGCUUCUCGCACGAUGUCUUCUUGCGGUUGGUUAGCGUGCUCAGAUCACAAAUGCCUACUAUCGAUUCCACCGACCGAACCGGAAAGCCUCAGACUCUGCAGGAAACUCCACAAGGAUGGAAAAGCAAGUAGCAGACCCUCUGGGAACUCCACAAGGAUGGAAAAACAAGUAGCAGACCCUCUGCAGAAGCGUUGCUUGUAUUCACUCACACUUCUCCAACGCAUGGAAGUCACGCUGCGAUUGAUGUCUCGACGAGUGUAACGAUCAUGCAUAUACAGUUAAUUAACUCUUCUUCAUAUAUGAAAAUAGUCUGACUGAAUGUUCCGAGGG